UUGUUUAGGAAAUUAGGCACGUGCGUAGAAUUUGCUGGUUGUUGUCAACGGCCGACCAACGGCCGACCAACGGCAGAUGUUUUUUAAAAUAACAACACAAUAAAUAUUACAGGUUGAAGUAACAGUAACAAAUAGUAACAGUGCUGCUUUCCUUUAUGAAACGUGUCGCGGUGACUGACAGUACUUAACAGUGGCAGCUAAAAGCCAAACCGCUCCUGUGUGUUAACUUACUUCAGCUGAUUAGCCGUUAAACGUUGGUGAUGGCCGUCCUCUCGUCUGCUCGUCUCCUCACAACGUCCCGGUUACGAUUAUGGGAGCUCGUCGUUUGUAAACGGAGAACAUGGCUCUCUCUGUCCGUCCAACGGUGUUACACGUCGGACACUUCAAAGUCAUCAGCUGAUCAUCUUGAGAGGUAUAAGGAAUUGCAGAGGUAUUUUAAAAGGAGACUGACGGCUACAUACCACAAGUUCUCCAACAUACCUGAUCACUCAGCGGUCUGUGGACAUCACCAUGUGUAUUUCGUUGAAGGCGAUGGUAUCUACAGAGUGGACAAGAGACAGAGUGAGCCAGAGCAGGUGUUAAAUCUAGGACAAGUCUCUGGACAGGAGGAGAAGAGUGGAGUUGAUAAUGAAGAGAGGAAGCCGAGGUUUCAUUGGACUGUCCAGAGAAUACGUCUAUCCCCACAGGAAAAGCAUCUUGCUGCCACACUAAAAACUAAUCACAGUGAAGAGCUGAGGUGUGUGGUUGUGAGGCUUGGACAGAUCAAUUCCCCUUCUCCGGAUCCCCCACACCUCGUGUUCACACUGGACAAAGUCUUCAGCUUUGAGUGGGUUACAGACGAGGUCCUGUUUUACACGACUUUGGAGGAUCUACGCUGCAGCAGAGUGUUUCGUCUGGACCUGACCUCCAAUGGAAGCAGGAUAACCUCUGUGUAUGAGGAAACACAUCCUGAUGUGUUUGUGGAGGUUGUGCUUUCCAGAAACCGACAGAUACUGACCAUCAACUGCAACAGCAGGACCAGUUCAGAGGUGCUGCUAAUUGAUACAACAUCCCAUUUAAAGCCUUUCCUGGUUCAGCCACGCCAACAGGACCUCCUGUACCAUGUGGAGCACUGGAGAAGGUGGCUGAUUAUACUGGCUAACACAGGGCCUGGGCAGGAAUAUCAGGUGGUGCAGGCCCCUCUCUCGGAGCCAUCCAUGGUCUCCUGGGUGACUUUGUUUACCCCUGGCCCCGGCACUGCAGUCAAAGACAUGGACGUGGUUGGAGACCACUGUGUAUUGGUUGCAAGAACACCAGCCGGUGAACUCGUUCUGAUCGUGGUCUCGCUGACCCAUCCCAAGGAAGCAUACACUGUACAGCUCCCCUCCUGGACCUGUGCCAUAAAUCCCAAGAAACCAGACAUGGCCGACCAACGCAGGCUGUUCGAGUUCUUGAUCUCAUCUCCAGUACACUCACCGGUGCCCUACUGUCUAUACCCCGAGGAUGGGCUGCUUUUAUCGGGCACCAAAGAUGGGUCCUCCCCAGAGAACCAGGGAAACUAUACCACCACACGCUUAGAGGCCUACAACCAAGAUGGUACCUUGGUGCCAAUAACCCUCUUUCAUACGGUUCCUGUGGAGGGUUUGAAACAGGCGCCACUACUGGCCCAUGUAUACGGAGCUUAUGGCAGAGAUCUGAACAUGGAGUUCAGCCCAGAGAAAAGGCUGCUGUUGGAGAAGGGCUGGGCUAUGGCCUACUGCCACAUCAGAGGUGGAGGAGAACGUGGUCUGUCCUGGCAAAGACAGGCUCGUGUGGAGGGGAAGCAGAAAGGAGUGGAGGACCUCCAAGCCUGUCUCGGUCACCUUUUCUCUUUAGGAGUCUCCUCUCCUUCACUCACUGCCCUUACAGCCUGCAGUGCUGGGGCUGUGCCAGUGGGAGCGCUGUGCAACAAACACCCACACAUGAUGCGGGCUGUCACACUGCAGGCUCCUUUCCUGGAUGUGUUGGGAACCAUGGAGGAUCCCAGUCUGCCUCUCACUUUGGAGGAUAGAGAAGAAUGGGGAGACCCAGUAGGAAACCCAAAACACAGACUCACCGUCUCCUCCUACUGUCCCCUUCACAACAUUACUCCUCAGUGCUACCCAUCAAUUCUGCUGACGGCCUACAGCGGCGAUACCAGGGUUCCUCUGGCAGGUGUCCUUAAAUACACAGAGCAGUUAAAGAACGCCAUUCACACAUACAUCACCAUGAAGCCAAAGUCAGAAUGUGAACCAGCACCAAACAUAGUUCUGAAUAUCCAAUCUGGAGCAAAUCACCUCGGACCAGAAGACUUUGAGCUGAUGCUGGAGGAGGAAGCCCUCAGGCUCUCAUUCCUAUACACGGAGUUGGGCCUGGACCCUCCUCAGCCUUCACGCAAGAGGAAGAGAUAGUAAGGCUGUCAGGAAUCAAAUGACAAUGACCCAAACAUCGACCACAACAACUAGGAGGACACAAUGGUGCCCAAAUAUUUAACAAUACCAGUGGAAGAAAAGACAACUUCAACAGU